AUGUCGACCCAAUCCGGUAUCAAGGCAAGUAGCGAACUCAUAGACCUCGCCAAUGGCUCCCAGUCGGCUGCAUUGGUGAUCACGCUUUCUCAAGACUCCACGCAAUUGGUGGUGGACGAGUCAUUCGAGAGUCCCUCCAACACCCAAAUCAACUGUGUGUUGGAUGCUCUUAAAGACCACUUCUCUGCGGAAUUUCCAGAGCCCAAAUUUGCAAUCAUUUCUCCGAAUGCCUCGCAUGAAGGCUAUUUUGUCAGCUUCAUUCCGGACCUGGCUCCGAUCAGACAGAAAAUGCUCUUUGCGUCCACCAAGAACACCUUGCUUCAGCAAUUAGGUACGAAGUUCUCGAAGAAGAAUACUGUUGAGUUCUCGGAGUUAAGAGAAUUGGACCACGAGGAGUUCGGACGUGCCGUUCUGGAGCCAGACCAGAGUUCCACUUUGACGGCCAAGGAAAGGGACUUGCAGACCCUCGACUCUUUGCAGAACUUGACCCUUUCACAUUCAUCUGCCAGCGCAUAUAAGAGGGAGCUUCCGUCCAUGGAUACGCAGAAAGAAACCUCGUUGUUUUUCAAGAUCGAGCUGGACCUCGACUGCCUUCUUCGCUCGGACCUAUACUCCAAGUUGGUGGUGAUGAACAUCGACACAGACGCGGAAACUUUGAGCCUUAGUGCAGAAGUCUCCGGAGUUACAGUCAACAAUUUAGUGGAUGCCAUUUCUCUGAGUGUGGCCGAGGGUCUGCAAUCCAGCCCAGCAUACGUGUUGUACGGCUACGAACAGGGGAAAUUGGCAUUUAUUUACGCGUGUCCUUCGGGAUGUAAGGUGAAGUCCCGGAUCAUGUAUGCCGCCAACAAGCAAGGGUUGCUUUCCCAUUUGAAGAAUGAUUAUUUGCCCGAUCAGGAAAUCGUGGAGACGAUGGAAGUGGGCGACUUCGACGAAAUUGAUACUCUUGCGCUUGAGAAAAAGGAUGUGACGGACACACCCGUGACUGGCGACUCGAGGAUGAAGUUUUCCAAGCCUAGGGGGCCCAGGAGAAGAUGA